AUGGCUGCAAUGAAGCUUGUCACGGAGUGGCCGCUGCAGGGAAUCCACCAGGCAAAGGAACGUUGCGAUGCCAACAAUGUGCUCAAUGCUGCCGUUUGUGUUGUCCAAGGAUUGAGGUUGAGGGUCUCAUCUUCAGUAGACACAGCAAUCAAGCCACAUAGCCACCAUCUCAAAGGACAACAAUCCAAGUUACUUCAUUACAACAUCUCUCUUCAAUCACAAACAUUCAACCCCACCAUCGCAAUUAUGAGACUCGCAGCUAUUAUCGCUGCCACUGGUGUCAUCUUCACGGCUAGUGUCAGUGGCCUCGCCUGCAAAGACGGCAUCAAAUACUGUAGCUAUAACCUAAACAGCGGAGGUCAUUUCUGGACUGAAGACGAGAUUUGGUCUCAGCUUCAAUCCGAGGGCCUUCCAGAUGGUUAUACCAAGGGUCACAUACAGCAUACGCUUUUCAAAUGUCAGGACCGCUGGUAUUGGUCCAAGGCCCACCUCUAUUAUGUCGAGUGGUGUGCCAACAGCUGCCAGAAUGGUGGGGGUGGGAAGGAUGAUCUUUGCAGACCUCAUGCAAACGACUGAUUGCUCGUGAAUGGAAUUAGAGGCUGGCAUCU